GUCUAGGGAGUGAGAAUGUGGAGAUUUCUCAACCCGAUGAGUUUGAACAUACCCCACAGGAAGAUGACUUGGGGUUCAAAGAAGGGGAAGAUUUGGCCCCAGGUCAUGAAGUAGGAAAUGCCUCUCUCAAACCCGAAGGCAUUCAGACCUGGGAUGACUUAUGGGUCCAGAGAGAAGGGCUAGGCAAGCCUCAGCCUCGGGACAGAGGCCCCCAGCUCCUGGGAGAACCACGCUGGGGCCAGGCUAGUAGCGAUCGGGCUGCUGUGUGUGGUGAGUGUGGCAAGAGCUUCCGACAGAUGUCAGAUCUGGUGAAACACCAGCGGACCCACACAGGGGAGAAACCCUACAAGUGCGGGGUCUGUGGCAAGGGCUUUGGGGACAGCUCUGCCCGUAUCAAACACCAGCGAACUCAUAGUGGUGAGAAGCCCUACAGAGCCCGGCCAGCAGCCCAGGGGCCCCCAAAGAUUCCUCGUCCCCGGAUCCCUGCUGGUGAGCGCCCCACUAUUUGUGGCGAAUGUGGCAAGAGCUUCCGGCAAAGUUCUGACCUGGUGAAACACCAACGGACACACACGGGUGAGAAGCCCUACAAGUGUGGCAUCUGUGGCAAGGGCUUUGGUGACAGUUCUGCCCGCAUAAAGCACCAGCGGACACACCGCGGGGAGCAGCCCCCCCGGCCAGUGGUGCCCCGACGGCAGCCAUCACGAGCAGCAACUGCAGCCUCACAGGGACCCAAGGCCCAAGACAAGCCAUAUAUCUGCACUGAUUGUGGCAAAAGGUUUGUGCUCAGCUGCAGCCUGCUGAGCCACCAGCGCAGUCAUCUGGGGCCCAAGCCUUUUGGCUGCGACGUGUGUGGAAAGGAGUUUGCCCGGGGCUCAGACCUGGUGAAGCACCUGCGGGUGCACACAGGAGAGAAGCCCUACCUGUGCCCUGAGUGUGGCAAGGGCUUCGCUGACAGCUCUGCCCGGGUCAAACACCUCCGCACGCACAGUGGCGAGAGGCCUCAUGCCUGCCCAGAAUGCGACCGCACCUUCAGCCUCAGCUCCACCCUUCUUCGCCACCGCCUCACUCACAUGGAGCCCCAGGACUUCAGCUUCCCAGGCUACCCUCUGCCCCCUCUGAUCCCUAGCCCACCCCCACCACCUCUUGGCAACAGCCCACCGCUGACGCCUCGAAGCCCUUCACACUCAGGUGAUGGGCCUUUUGGCCUGCCUGGCUUGGAACCAGAGCCUGGGGGCCCACAGGCUGGGGAACCACCCCCACCACUGGCGGGUGACAAGCCCCACAAGUGCCCUGAGUGUGGCAAGGGCUUCCGCCGAAGCUCUGACCUGGUGAAACACCAUCGUGUGCACACCGGGGAGAAACCCUACCUCUGUCCCGAAUGUGGCAAGGGUUUUGCUGACAGCUCGGCCCGAGUCAAGCACCUCCGCACCCACCGUGGGGAACGGGCCCGGCCAGCACCACCAUCCACUCUCCUGCGGCCACAUAACCCACCUGGCCCAGCACCCACAGCCUCUCGACCCCGAGUGCGGGCCCAGCCAUCUGGAUCCAGCCAGCCCCAUGUGUGUGGCUUCUGUGGGAAGGAAUUCCCUCGGAGCUCAGAUCUAGUCAAACAUAGGCGCACACACACUGGGGAGAAGCCAUACAAGUGUGCAGAGUGUGGCAAGGGUUUUGGUGACAGUUCUGCCCGUAUCAAGCACCAGCGUGGGCAUCUGGUCCUGAGGCCCUUUGGGAUAGGGGAUGGUCGGGCAAGGCCCCUCAAGGAGGAGCCACCAGCAGGACUGGAAUGAUAGGGUCCAGGGAGGUUGGAGGCCAAAGGGAGGGUUUCUGCUGCUUAAGCACAGAAGAAAGGGCCUGCAGGUGGUGGGAGGGAGAAAAAGGGUAAGAAACGGGAGAAAGGAGUGAAUAGAUAGAAGUAGAAAUUUGAGACAAUAACCUUGAAGCUCAGGAAACUGUCCUGGCUAGGCUUAGUCAGGACUUUGCCAGCAUGGGCUGUACUCCCAGCUUCUAGAACACUGCUUACUACACAGUAGGCACUUAAUAAAUACUUGUUGAAUGGAUAAACUGGUCUUAGCCUGAAGACUAUUAAAGAACCCUAAAUUCCUGCUGCCUUUUAUCUGUGAAGAAUUGACCCUUCCCAACCUUUCCCUGAGAGAUCAACACCCUGGACCAGGGUUUGUUUGACUUUAGGAGGUGCAGAAAUGGGACUGUUGGAAUUUAAAGUGAUAGAAUGAGACAGCGGCAUACUGAUCAUCCUCAUGGGGAAAGUUGCUGUGUGGUAGGCAGUACCCACCCCUAACCUCAGACCACCUGACGGGGGGGUCUUAGCCAGGAGGGGCACUUUUGGACAAAGCCCAGACCUAUGUGCCCUUAAGGGACCCCGAUCCACCCCGACACCUGGACACUGGCAGAAUAGACCAGAGGCAGCAGAAGGAGCACUCGUGGCAUCCAGUCGGGAUGCCAAGCCCAGGCCCUGGUGGACAUCAGCAGAGAACAGAUGGCUGGGAGAGAAGGCAGGACUGGAGCGAGGAGAGGCCUGAGAGGCCAGGGAAGCGUUAAGGCCCGACAGCCACAUUUCCAUGUGUCUCCUUACCAAUAAACUGCUUUUUGUCUGA